ACAUGAACUCCGGAGUAUAUCCGCAGCUUUGCGUCCCGACUUCCUCUGGACACACUUCCGGAGCCUUUAGGUGAGGGUUGGUGCAGCAGAGGGAGCAUGUCCUGUUCCACGGCGCCGCUGAAGUGAUCGCUUGAAUGUGGUGGCGCCAUAGCACGGAUUGUCAAACUGAAGAAGAAGAGGAAUCAGUGGCUGCUGGAGCUGGCUGACGAUGUUUGAACACCACGAUUAUUGUUUAGCAAAAGAAAAACCCAAAGAGCCUGAUCCCUCGCUGAUAAAGAAGGAGAAACGCGAAGAGGCAAGACUGAACCGGCUCAAGCGACUCCAGAAAUCCAGGAUAACUCUGGGCGUGGCCUAUCCCAGAUGGAAAUCGCUGCUGAGGGACAAAUGUUUUAAGAGCCACGCUGACGUUGCCUUUUUCCUUCUGGACAGCUAUGAGAGAGACGCUGCACCACUGACUCCCAUGAGUGAGAGACCAGUUCAGGUCCCAGCUCCAGCUCUGUGUGGCCUCGGGGCUUCCAGUUGGACGUACAGAGGUGAACAUCUGAAUGUCAAAGCAGAAACCACAGGAGCUCAGAGCCUUGAACAAAGUGAUUGUGAUAGUAUCGAUUAUAAACACCAACUCAUGAAUUCACCACACGGAGCUGAGUGGGGGACUCUAGCUGCUCCUUCCAUCCAGUCGUCUGAAAAUGGAAAGGAGCAAGAGACCGAAGAUGCAGCUUGUGAAAGACGGGACAGUCAAGAGGAGCAGACGUCAACCGAACAGUCAGAAAAAGACGAUUUGGAAGAAGAUGAGGAUGAAGAAUUCAGCACCUCUUUAAGUGUGGGAGACGGCCGUUACCUGGUGGACUUAGGGAGCCCGUCAGAGCUAAUCGUGGAUGAAGCGUGCAUCCUCCAGCUGUUCCGGUCGUGUCGGGAAUGCAGCAGACAAUGUAAAGUGACUAAAUAUGCUAAAGGACUGAAGAUCAUCGUUUUCCAGGAGUGUCGCUUCUGUCAAAGCAGCUUCGAAUGGACUAACCUGCCGGACGAUGAUGAGAAACAUGAUGAUGAUGAUGAUGAUGAAGACGAAGACAACAAAGACCAUAGCAAUUGGCAGGUCAAUGGAAACGAUCCAGCCCACGAACAGACAAACACAGCACCGUCGCCAAAGAGGUGUUGUGUCUGAAAUCACAAUGGCCGCUCCAGGAAUAUGUUUCUGUUCUAACUCUGGAUUCAGCUGGACUUCUGGGUAUUACGCUGCAUUUCUCUGGAAUGUUUUCACGCUCUCUCGCCAUUGAUUAUUUAAUGAUCCCGUCACACAUUUAAAGAACCGCCUGAUGCAAACAAGGAGAUGAUGUCUGUUAAUGCCACACGCUGCCCCUCACUGGAGAAGGUGAAUCUGACGGUUAAACACAAAGGCAAAGACGGAUCAUUGGGUUCGCUUUUUUUUCUGUUUUGGGACGUGUCGAUUUGUUUCUUCAGUCGUCAUCAAGCUGCUUGAACGAGCAAUGCUAAUUUCAUGUUAAUAGUUCAAAGUCAAGAUCCCUUUUACACCUGGAAUUAACUUGAAAUCUCGACUUGUUUGUUGACAAGUUUCGCCAAACUGUGCAGGAAGAAUGAAGUCAGCAAAAACACUUUUAGAACCGGGAGUAAAUGCAAAGGUCUGAGGAUCUUUAUCCAGAUAAUGUUAUUAGAUAUGCGUGACACAUUGGUAUCAGGUGUAAAUAGGAUGUAUUUUAAGCUUUUAUUUUAUACUCUGUUUCUAUUCUCCAUACAUUUUCUUAGAAGAACUCCCUCUAUUGCUUGAGGCCCAGCUCCAGUCUAUCAGGAACACUGUCAGUAUGUGUGUGUGAAUCUAUACAGUGAUCUUUGUCCUUGUUAAUCAAAGUUGUGAUUUGAUUUUCACACCAUCAGAUACAAAAUGUCCCUGUUUUUGAUACUUUUUGGUCAAGUGGAUUUUAAAAUGAUGAAACCUCAAUAAAACACUCAAAUAAUAA